AUGGAAUGGGUCAAACAGCGCAAGCUACCACCCUGUGAGGCUAUUCGCAAUGGCGAUCAGCCUUGCCAUGAUAUGGACGACCUCUGGGACGCCCUGCACAGCACGUACAACUCGGCCUCUGGUCAUGAGUACGACGCCUCAGUCUUAGACGAGCUUCCCAAUGAGCCGGUCCGUGAGUGGGCUGACUUUUUGGAGCAUGAGUUGUUGAGUGCCCUUAAGGGGUGCUCCAACUCCUCUGCACCAGGACCGGACCACGUUACAUGGGUCCACCUAAAGGAGUUGCUCAAGGACAAACACGUCCUUGUGCUCUUCAUUGUGUUGGCCAACGCUUGCCUUUGGGUGGGUCACUGGCCAUGCAUUUUCAAGGAGUCGCUAUCGGUCAUCGUUCCAAAGCUGAACAAGCCCUCCUACGCAGUCCCAAAGGCCUUCAGGCCUAUAGUACUCCUCAUCACUUUUGGUAAACUUAUCGAAAAGAUGAUUGCAAAUCGGAUACAGUUUGAUGCAGUCAAACAUGAUAUCUUUCAUCCAAACCAGCUUGGCAGGAUUCACCAGAGGUCAACUGAGGAUGCUGGAUUGAUUCUGACUCAUCUUGUGCGAGCGGGGUGGGUUAAGGGUCUCCAGACUAGCGCGCUGGCAUUUGACAUCCAGUGCUCGAUGGCAGCCCGCUCGCUAUCUACAAACACAUACACUAUGCGGCCUGGGUACUAA